UACCGCACUGGCAAGAAUAAGUUGUAGCUCGUCUUGUCUUCUGCAAAAGGAGGCUAGAAGAAAAAACACACGCCAUCAAAAGACGCGAGUAUGGCGGUGUUAAGAAGAAGGUGGUGGUGCUUUUGUGUCUGGGUGUUCCCCCUGGUAGUGGCCGUGGUGUGCGUUAAAAGUGUCGGUGUGAAUGAUCCGAGCAAUAUGCCGUUGGUUAAGGAGACGGUGGACAGGCUGUUGACAGGUUAUGAUAUUCGUCUCAGGCCAGAUUUCGGAGGUGCGCCAGUGGGAGUGGGCAUGAAUAUUGACAUCGCCAGCAUAGACAUGGUGUCUGAAGUCAAUAUGGACUACACUUUGACCAUGUACUUCCAGCAGGCCUGGCGAGAUAAGCGCUUGUCCUAUUCGGAAAUUCCCCUCAACCUGACCUUAGAUAACCGCGUGGCCGACCAGCUGUGGGUGCCCGACACCUACUUCCUCAACGACAAGAAGUCUUUCGUCCACGGCGUCACUGUGAAGAACAGAAUGAUCCGACUGCACCCGGACGGCACUGUGCUCUACGGUCUGAGGAUCACCACGACAGCUGCUUGUAUGAUGGACCUCAGAAGGUAUCCACUGGAUGAGCAAAACUGCACAUUGGAAAUUGAGAGUUAUGGUUACACAACUGACGACAUUGAGUUUUACUGGCGAGGAGGCAACAAGGCCGUGACUGGCGUGGACAAGAUUGAAUUACCACAAUUCUCCAUCGUGGAUCACAAACUCAUCUCCAAGAAUGUCGUCUUCUCUACAGGAUCUUAUCCCCGCCUGUCGUUAAGUUUUAAGCUGAAGCGAAACAUCGGAUACUUCAUCCUGCAAACGUAUAUGCCUUCAAUCCUCAUCACCAUUCUCUCCUGGGUCUCCUUUUGGAUCAACUAUGAUGCAUCUGCUGCCAGAGUUGCUCUAGGUAUUACCACGGUGCUGACUAUGACCACCAUCAACACCCAUCUGAGAGAAACGCUUCCCAAAAUCCCCUACGUCAAAGCCAUUGACAUGUACCUCAUGGGUUGCUUCGUCUUUGUCUUUCUGGCCUUACUGGAGUACGCUUUGGUCAACUACAUCUUCUUCGGUCGGGGCCCUCAGCGUCAGAAAAGGGCCGCCGAGAAGACGGCUACAGCCAACAACGAAAAGAUGCGAAUGGACCCAAACAAGUGGCUGGUGGGCAACGUCGUUGGCCGAGAUGACACUUUGUACGCCAGGAUGAAACAACGGGAUCUCGACGGUCACGACUCAAUGUGGGAACCUAUCUUCAUGGACGACGCUGCGAUCGGACUCGGCGACCAAAAGAAUAAGAUGGACCCACAUGAAAACAUCUUGCUGAGUACUUUGGACAUCAAGAACGACAUGGGAAUUUCAGAGCUGGCUUUGGGUCUUAAUGACCCGCGGAACACCAUGCUAACGUACGACAGCUCUACCCUUCAGUACCGCAAAGCAGGGCUGGCCCGCCACAAUUUUGGCCGAAACACGUUGGAGCGCCACAUGACUCAGAAGAAAAGUCGACUACGGAGGCGCACCUCACAGCUCAAGAUCAACAUUCCGGACUUGACCGACGUCAACUCCAUAGACAAAUGGUCGCGGAUGAUCUUCCCAACUGUCUUCUCCUUUUUCAACAUUAUUUACUGGCUUUAUUAUGUCAACUAAAACAUUUUGCUAAAUUAUUCUUUUUUUUUUUUCUUCAUUAUUUACGCGAGUUACUUUUGUGUCUCGUGACAUGGACCAACGUAUCACAGCCAGGAUCGCAUACGUCAUAUCUUUGAAUAUCACAUCUGCUGAUCACACACAAAAGGGAGAUGAACAUAAAAGGUGCCUGCUCUAAAGUUAUUGUUUUGUUUUCUUGGAAUUACACCUUGUGAUUUAUGGUUUUUCAUAUACUGUACAUAUAUAUUUUUGGUAGAUAUAUUUCAGUUAAUUCACUUAUUGCCAAACGUUAUAUAGAAGUAGAAUUGUUGAAUUUAAAUUGUUUUACUGUUUUUGUUCAAAACUGGUGAAACGUGUGCAUUUGUUAUUUUCACUUUGCAAUAUUUUUUAAAAUUAUUUUAUAUCAAUUAAUAUUGAAGUGACACAAUGAUGAGAUUUAAUUUGCUAGGCGGUAUUUAUGUCCCCUAAAAUAAUCAAAACGAGCCGUUUAAUUUUUAUGAAAUAGUACUGUACAAAUUGUGUCAUACAUAAAAGCACAAAUAUCAGCUAAUGACAUUCUUUUCCUUAUUGUGCUUAAAAAUCUUUGUUUACUUCUAGCUGAUCAUUAAGUGUAUGACCACAAAAGAUAACCAUAUAUUGUCAUUUAAAGCAAAUAGAUAUUUGUGUACUUUAAUUUAUCUUCAUUGUACUUAGUAGUUUAGAAAAUGGAUUUUACAAAACAUUUUUGCACACAAAAUCUUAAAAGCCAUAAAGGCUGCACCAUGGUUCGAGUGCUGGUGCUUGUAAAGUUUAUAAAAUGGAUUUAAGCUACAUACCAACCACAUUGAAUCGUUUUAAAUAACUGUUUAAAAUUGAAUUAUAUCACUUUUAACCAGGAAAGUAUUGAAUAUUUAGAAAAAACAAUGUAUUUCUUUUUUUGGACAAAUCUAUUAACUUCACGGUCAAAGUCGGAAAAAUCUUAUAACAUUGUAUCAGGUCUCAAAGCAAACUUUUGGAUUAUCUUUUAAAACGUAUUCAUGCAAAACCAUUUGAUUUGGUCUUUGAAAUAUGGGUUCACGGAAUUUAAUGGCCAGCACUCGGGUCGAAGAAAACAGCCGCAGUGCACCGCAUGCCUAUUAAACAAUUAUUUUAAUCUCAAUUUUGCGUUGGAACAUAAAUGAUGAUCUUAUUUUUACACAGAGCUAAUUAAACUCAACAGCUAAUUUCAAAUGACACCAAUUUUACUUUUGACCUUUGAGCCUCGAAGUAAGGUGUUUAACAUAUCAAUCAUUGGUAUUAUUCAUUCUAGCACAUUUAGCUGUCGUUUGAGAAAACACAAAUCAUUUGAAACAUGCUAUGUUCAUUUAUAUACAGAACUGAAGUGCAUAAUCAUAAAGUGAAGAUCAUUCUAAAUCUGAUUUGAGAUCAUGUGACCGACAUCCAUCCCAGUAUGUAAAUAUCAAACAUAACAUUAAUAAUCAAUGAAGUUAUACAACUGCUGUAAAUAAACUCACAUGGGCUUUCUACAGAACGGAACAAAAUGAGAUUUUCACGACCAUUUAUACUGUAACAUAAAUAGAAUGCCUCAUCAGAUGUUAAACAAUGUACAUAGUAUACUGUCACGAGAUGGCAUUUCCUUCCCGUUGCUUUGUUUGCUAAACAAUUUUGGGUGGUUUGUUUUGUUGCCAAAAUUGAGCUUGUAAUUAUGAAUGUAGAAAAUGUGGCUGAAAUAUUUGUUUUGAAAUAGUCGCAAACGGUAGAUGAGAUGAAGUAGCCCAAAAAUUGAAUCAUCUCAGGUCAGCAAAGUGUACACUAAUAAGAAUAUCAUCACUAUAACUUGCUUCAGAUGUCUAUAUAGGAGAUUAUUGUUUUGUUGAUGUAACAUUGGUUUGUUAUAUGCAGUAGCUGUCAGACAUUAGCUUCAAAAAUAUAAAUGUAUUUUAUGUCACUAACAAAUGCAAAAAUAUCUUAAAACUUGCUAAUAGUUACUUAUAAAUAUUAGAGGCACAUCUGAAAAAAAAUUGAAUUGAGGUUUGAGUGGAAAAUUUUGAAAUUCACUCCACAAAAAUUCUUAAUAGUCCUGUAAAAUUAAAAAAAAAAAAUACUACAAACAUUUCUUGUUACAGAAUGACUUACUCUUCCAAAAUGUUAUGACUUGUUUUCCCUCAAUUUCAUUUUUAAUUUGGCGUUAACAAUUUGUUAGUGUAUGCAUAACAAGGUAUAUUUACAGGGAGAGAGUGCCAUAGAUGCGUAUUGGCAACAAUUAUUAAUUAUUAUUUCCGGAAACGCUGGCAACUGGCAUGUAAGGUCUACUUCAUACAUUUACACUUUAAUAUGUCUUUGUACUUCACGCCAUUUUUCUUUCAUAUACGUAUUUUUAUACUUGUGUAAAAAAGAAAAAAAAGAGUGCAAAGCGUGCUCUUUGGCAAAACCUUGUAAAUCCAAAUUUCACAUAUUUAUAUUAUACAAAAUGACUAUAGUGUACAUUGUCCUCUCGGGCUCUGAAAGCUGAACGUGUAUGCUCUUGAAAGCCUUUCAGAUAACCCUUGUAAAAAGUUUGGAGAUUCUUUGUGGUUGUAAAUUGUUUGCAAAAUGGCUCUUGAGGUUUGUGGAAAAUGUUUUGGGAAACGUCUCCAGGGGAGAAAGGACAUAGCAACAUGCUAAAAGCCGAAAUGACUCAUCUUGGUGACAGUGUACUUUUGCACACACUCACAGAAGAAGCCUUAGACUCGUGCUGCCCUGGACUUUUGAUCCGAGCGGCGUCAAAUCCUUCUUACCUUGUCAACACCAUCCACCUGAACAAAUCUUCCUACGGGCCCCUCACUAGAAGAUUUCCAGGAACUCCGAGCUGUACCCCUCUCCAAGAUGCACCCUGUAAAAGCCAAUGUCUGUCUUUACAACGGAAACCCAUGGAAAUGAUAACAUCGUCAAUAAAUAUUGUAUACAGUUCUA